GAGGACUUCUGGGAAAUCGCUUUUCGGUCGCUUGAUCAGAAUGAGCAGUCACAGCUGAGAUCGGUUCACGAUGGGCCCGAUGAUACAAGUCUCGCGGCAGUGCUGCAAGACACUGUUCAUGUGGUUGAGACGCAGUUCCAGAUUCGAAAACUGAGAGACGAUGAGCAUCGAAUCAGAAGGGGUGCCAAGUGCAUCUUGAACUCUGCUAUCUCAGUGCGGGAUGCUAUUAGUGGCAUUGUUGCCGCUGAUCCCACAGGACAUGCAUCUGCCGCCUGGGCAAUAGUGUCACUGGGGCUCAAGAUGGCCCAAAACGAUAUCGCACUUCAGGACGCCUUGUUUGAAUCCGCGGAAUUUCUGUCCGCGAUACUCGCUCGCUAUACUGUUGUGGAGAAGCUUUCGCGGGCAAGCCAUGUGUAUACCAGCAAAGGGAUGGAAGGGAGCGUUAUUUACCUGUACGCCAGUAUCCUUCGAUAUGUCAUCGAGAUGGAUCGUGUUCGACAACUUAGCCUUGGGGAGAGGAUUUGGACCAGUGUUUCGGUUCCCGAAAUUGCCAGUCACCGGCUGUUGCUCCUUCGAACGAGUAUUGAAAAGGAAGAUCAGGCCAUCAACAGUUGGGUCAAUAUUGACCAGAAUCUUCGUCUGGGCGAACAGGCGGAGGCAUUGCUUGCUGGCAUUGAAAGCAACGCAGCACAGAUCCAGAAGGUCUACCAAGCUUUUCAACUUUCGAAGUUGCCGGUUGCCGCAGAGGCUAUCAAUGGCUCUUUUGAGAACCAGUAUGAAGCAUUAUGUCUUGAAGGCACAAGAAUCGAAAUGUUGGAGAAGAUUGUAAGCUGGGUGGAUGAUCCCGAGGGAGAGCAAUUCUUCUGGCUGAACGGCAUGGCGGGCACUGGAAAGUCCACAAUUUCUCGCACCCUCGCUAAGUUAUUUACUGCGCGAGGCAUCCUAGGGGCUAGUUUCUUUUUCGACGGGCGCCGGACGGAGUGUGCCUCACCUAAGCGGUUCGUGCCGACAAUUUUAUAUCAGCUAACAACCCUGCUACCAACACUGAAAGUUGAAAUCCAAGCGGUACUUGAAAAGGACUCUAUCAUAUUUACCAAGACGCUUGAAGAGCAGAUCGACUGCGUACUCCUGGAGCCGCUAAAGAAGCUGCCAGUGGAUCAACGUCAAAUCCUGAUCUUCAUUAUUGAUGCCAUGGAUCAGUGUAGAGACAAGAGAGACAUCAGACAGCUUUUGAGGAAUCUAGUCAAAGUACGAGGUGUUGGAGCACUCGAUCUACGAUUCUUCAUCACAGGGAGACCUGAGCCGAAGGUCUGCGAGGGCUUUCAGCAGCUUGGAGCAGAACAGUGUCGAGAAGUAUCCCUUCAUAAAGCCAAGGGCGUGGAGCGUGAUAUCGCCGCCUUUCUGGAUGCUAGACUCAACGAUAUCGCUGCCAAUCACCCUUCUCCUCCGGCUUGGCCUGAAGAGAGGACCAUCAAGGAGGUGGCCCAACGUGCAAGCCCGCUGUUUAUUGUCGCUUCAACCAUAUGCCUAUUCAUUGACGAUGAAAGAUUCAGCCCCGUAGAGCGCACAAGCGUGAUUCUCCAGCACCGGCAUUUUGGCGAUCAGCUCGUCGAGACAUAUCGGACAAUCUUAGAGCAAAUGAUCAUUGAUACCAGGGACGUUGACAGACAGCAGAUUCUCACGGAGUUCCGGUAUAUUGUUGGCUCAGUCAUCACCCUUUACGACCCUCUUCCAGCGACUUCCUUAGCUCUGCUGCUUGACAUGGAGGAAGAUGACGUGCACUUGAGACUCAAAUUCCUCCGAUCCGUGCUCAUCAUACCGGACGGGAAUGAAGCCGAUGCCCCAAUAGAACCUCUGCACCAAUCCUUCCCGGACUUCCUGGUAGAUCAUGGCACGUUCGAUGACAACCCUUUUAAGAUCAGCACGGUCGCGAGGAAUCAAGAUUUGGCAAAACAAUGCCUGCGUGUCAUGUGUGACAAGAAAAUUGGCCUUCGCCGGAAUAUCUGCAAUCUUGAAAACGACGGAAUUCUACAAAGCGAGAUCAGUGACAUUACAGGGUCAAUCAGGCCUGUGCUCAAAUAUGCCUGUCGGUACUGGUUAAAACACUUAUUAGAUGGAGAGGAACCUGGUGGUCAAGGAGACAUGUACUCAUUCUUUCAAGAACAUCUUUUGCAUUGGUUGGAAGUAAUGAGCAUCCUUGGUCUGACAUCUGAGGUUUUGAUGCAGCUCAGGAGCGCGCAAAACCUGGUAGGUAAAACAUCAGAGACUCCUCUUGCUAGGCUUCUUCUGGAUGCAGUCCAAUUCGUGAGGAGAGCGAUGGAACCAAUCAGUCUAAGUCCUCUUCAAGUGUACUCGUCCGCGAUCAUGUUUACGCCGCAAAUCUCCCUCAUACGGAAAAUGUUUGAGAGCAAAGUGCCGAAUGAUUUUGCCGUGCUACCACAGGCCAAAAUGAACUGGGGCGCGCAGCUGCAGACAUCUCAAGGCCCUUGUCCAGUUCGCUCCCUUGCUUUCGGGCCAGAUGAUUGCUUGCUAGCCUUUAGCUGCGAAGGUACAAGUGCCAAUGUCUGGAAUACUGAGGGGACGGGAUCACAGCGAAGACUGAGACCCCAUCUAGCGGCCUUCGACGGACUCCAAUUGUCACAGGAUGACCGGUGGGUGGCGGCUUGGUCCGCUACUUCAAUUCAGCUCUGGGACCUGAAUGAGCAAAAUGUGGAUCUGCGGCCUAAGGUUAUUGAGACACUUAUCGGGGAUUGUUGUAUCGUCGCUUUCUCACAUGAUAGUUGCCGGUUUGCGUGUGGGUUUAGGAAUGGUAUUGUCCAGGUCUGGGACCUCGAAAGAAUAGACCUGGACCCUUCUUGGCGGGGAUCCGGGAUUCGCAACCUUCGCCAAGUGACGAACGUUGCGCUUUCCCCGGAUGGACAGAGACUGGCUUACAGUUCCAAUGAGAAGGAGAUCCACCUUUGGCAGGUGGAGAGCAGCGGCGCGGAUACCAUGCUGGACACGUUGCCGAUUGACGUGCCCUCCCCGACGAGGUGUCUCUGCAUUUCACCGGACAGUCAAUAUAUAGCCUGUGCUAGUGACCAGGGAGUCGACAUUUGGAGCAUGGCUGAUAAAAUCGUUGUACGCCGGCUGUGGGAUAGCUCGGGAGACAUAACGUCGAUAUGUUACUCGGCGGACGGUCGAUUGCUUGCACACGCUACACGUGACAUUAAG